AUGCCAAAAAGUGAAGCGGACCAAGGAAAUGUUGAGGCAUGCACUUCCAAAGGAGACGGCUCCCAGUAUGAUGACCCUGGUCGUGACAAAAUCUAUAGAGCACACGUGGAAACAGGCACUUUACAACGCCGUCUGAAGUCACGACAUAUUCAGUUCCUCGCUCUUUCUGGGGCGAUUGGAACCGGUCUUUUUGUUGGCACAGGUCAGGUCCUUUCGACGGCUGGACCAUUAUCCGCCGUCCUCUCCUAUCUCAUCACAGGCUUCAAUUUGUACGCCGUGAUCAACAGCAUGGGUGAAAUGUCGACUUGGCUGCCUCUGCCAGGUGCUGUUCCUGUCUAUGCAUCUCGCUUUGUCGAUGAAGCCCUUGGAUUCACUCUGGGGUGGAAUUAUUGGUACCAGUUUGCGAUUGGUGUCCCUAUCGAAAUCACUGCCGCUGCUCUAGUGAUUGACUAUUGGCCCAAUAACAUCCCUUCUGUGGUGUGGAUUACUGUACUCUAUGUGAUCAUUUUUACGGUCAACAGCCUUCCAGUCCGACUCUAUGGUGAGCUAGAGUUUUUCCUCGGCUCAAUCAAAUUGAUAACCAUCGUUGGGUUGAUGUUGCUCAUGUGCAUCAUCACACUUGGUGGAACUCAAACCCAUGACCGUAUAGGAUUUCGCUACUGGGAGCAUCCAGGUCCAAUGAAUGAGUAUCUGGAAACCGGGUCUUUAGGGCGCUUUUUGGCAUUUUGGAAAGUCUUUAUUCAAGCAACAUUUAGCUAUGGUGGGAGCGAGAUGGUGGUUAUUGCGGCAGGAGAAACUGAAAAUCCCCGACGGAACAUUCCUAAAGCUAUACGUCGCGUUUUCUGGAGAAUUGCCAUCUUCUAUGUCGGAAGCGUUUUUCUCGUUGGUCUUUGUGUCUCUUCUCAGGAUCCUAGGCUACUCAACGCUAUUUAUACAGGAGCCGCUGGCGUAGGCGCAAGCCCCUUCGUCAUUGCGAUCGAGAAUGGAGGGAUUGAUGUGUUGCCUUCCAUUAUCAACGCAGUUGUUCUCACGUCAGCCUUGUCUGCUGGGAACUCCUUUUUUUACGCAUCGACUAGAAUUCUUUAUUCCACAGCAUUGGACGGCAAAGCGCCUCGGAUUCUUCGUUAUGAGAAAUUCGGAGUACCGUAUGUGUGCGUUGUUGUCACAGCUGCUUUGAGUCUCCUUGUCUAUCUGAAUGUUUCAUCAAGCUCGGCUGAAGUAUUUUUCUGGGUAAGUAACUUGAGCUCGGUUAGUACAUUGAUCGUUUGGACCUCUAUUGCUGUGACGUAUAUCCGAUUUUAUCAAGGACUCAAACAUCACAGCAUCCCACGAUCCACACUCCCAUUUCAAUCCCCGCUUCAACCAUUCAUGGCCUAUUUUGCGAUUUUCUUCUCUUCGACUGUGGCAUUUUUCAAUGGAUUCGAUGCUUUUUUCCCUGGGCACUUUAGUGCUAAGAGCUUGAUUCCGCCUUACAUCGACAUUCCAAUCUUUCUCUGUCUUUUCUUGGGAUACAAGAUCAUCAAAAGGACAAAGUUUGUGAAGAUAGAGGACAUGGAUCUCCUAUCUGGCAAAGAGGAAGCUGAUAGACUAGAAUCUACGUGGGAAGAACCAAAACCUCGCAACCUUCUCGAGCGAAUUUGGUUUUGGAUUGCAUAA